CUUGCCCAAUCGCGCCGCGCAACAUUCUGAUGGGUCAUUUGAAUUCAGCGAUCCUCACUGGGUAUGUGGUACAGUACAGUAGGUAGUUGUAGUGAAGGGUCUGUGCGUAAGUGUGCAUGUGUGUGUGUAUAUGUGUAUGUGUGCGUGCGUGUGUGUGUGUGAGUGUGAGUGAAUGUGCACUCCUAGAAUAGAAAGCCAAAGCAAGGAGAAGAAGGAGACGAAGAGAGGCGGGAUCGGUUUGUGCGUUGUUGAAAUCCAGGGUGAAGCAAAUAGAUCGUCUGUAUAACAGAUCGAUCAGCAGUUCGCGCUCCCUUUGUGGAUUUGAUGGAUGUUUGAUCAGUGGAUGUGAUGCCCAUAUAUAUCAUCGACCGAAAAUUUCCCGACACAUCUGGUGAGUUGAUACAGCCUGCAGCUGAAGGAAGAGACCUGAGAAUGACAGAGACCAGCCCCCCCAAGUCGGCUAAGAAGCCCCGCUGGACCUCCCUGGAGAUCGGCCUCAUUACAAUCGUUUCAUUGCUCUUCAUUGUCAUUGUCGCCCUCGUCAUCCUCUUUGCCACUCAGAAGACUGAUGAAAUCUGCACCACGGCUGACUGCACACAGUCAGCGUCCCGUCUCAUUGAGAACAUGGAUGCUAGCGUGGACCCAUGUGAUAACUUCUACCAGUAUGCCUGUGGAGGCUGGCUUAAAAAGAACAUAAUCCCAGAGACCACCUCUAGAUACAGCACCUUUGACAUCUUACGAGACGAAUUGGAGGUCAUCCUCAAAGGUGUCCUUGAAAAAACAGUGGACGGGGAAGCCAUUGCUCUCACCAAGGCUAAGACCCUCUACAAGUCAUGUACCAAUGAGAGUUUAAUUGAGCAAAGAGGAGGGUCUCCUUUGCUUGACAUGCUGCCUGAUGUGUUUGAAUGGCCCAUAGCUAUGGACAACUGGGAGACCAACUAUGGUGAAACAUGGAGGUUUGAGGACGUAGUUGCUAAGCUGAAUGAGAAAUAUGGAACUCAACUCUUGGUUAACUUUUUUGUCGGCACUGACGACAGGGACUCCAAUUCACACAUCAUUCAUUUUGACCAGCAGACCAGCCUUGGCCUCUUGUCCAGAGAUUACUAUGCCUGUACUGGACCCUACGCAGAGGCAUGUCGAGCCUACGAGCAGUUCAUGAAUGACUUGGCUAAGCUUAUCCGCACCGACCGAGGAUUGGCCAUAAAUGAGACCCGCAUCAGAGAGGAGGUGAUACGAGUUAUGGACCUGGAGAGGGACAUAGCCAAUGCGACUGAUACUCCAGAGGACCGUAACAACCCAGUCUUACUUUACAACAAGAUGGAAUUGGGUGAUUUGAAAGCCAACUUCACCCUUGAGGUUGAAUCACAGGUAUUUAACUGGAGUUACUUCACAGCUAAGAUAAUGGAUACAGUCAACAUCACUGUUCCUGAUACAGAGAAGGUCAUAAACUACUCCCCCAACUAUUACAGAAGACUCAACCUUAUCUUGGCCAGAUACACCAAGAGGGAUCUGCAGAACUACAUGGUGUGGCGCUUUGCUAUGAACAUGGUGGUGGGCCUGAGCAGAACAUACAGAGACACCAGGAAAGCCUUCCGCAAGGCUCUGUCGGGUACAACGUCAGAGGCAGCAGUGUGGCGACAGUGUGCACUUUACGUCAACAACAACAUGGACAAUGCUGUAGGACGUCUGUAUGUGCAAGAAGCCUUCUCCGAAAAGAGCAAAGAACUGAUGGAAGAGAUGAUUACAGAUAUCCGGGAAGUGUUCAUUAGUAACCUUGAUGACCUGGCCUGGAUGGAUGUGGAGACCAAGAAAGCAGCUGAGGAGAAGGCCCGAGCUAUUCGGGAACGAAUUGGCUAUUCUGACAACAUCAUGGAUGACAAAUAUCUUAACAAUGUGUACAAAGAUCUGAGCUACAGUGCAGAGGAGUACUUUGAAAACAUCCUACAGAACCUGGAGUAUGUGCAGAAGAAACGCCUGCGGAAACUCAGAGUCAAAGUCAACAAAGAGGAGUGGGUAACUGGAGCUGCUGUUGUCAACGCUUUCUACUCAUCCAGCAAAAACCAAAUAGUGUUCCCUGCAGGUAUCCUCCAGCCCCCGUUCUUCAGUAAAGGCCAGGCUAAAUCUCUCAACUAUGGUGGCAUUGGCAUGGUCAUCGGUCACGAGAUCACACAUGGCUUUGAUGACAAUGGUCGUAACUAUGAUAAAGAUGGUGACCUGAAAGACUGGUGGACACCAGACUCUACUCAAAGGUUUCUGGAGCUGUCAAAGUGCAUUGUGGAUCAGUAUAGCAACUUCUCCUGGGACCUGGCCAAUGGACUUCAUUUAAAUGGCAACAACACCCUUGGGGAGAACAUUGCUGACAAUGGAGGGAUACGACAGGCAUAUCAGGCCUACAGGAACUAUGUGAAGGAACAUGGAGAGGAGCCACCACUGCCUGGAAUUGACCUUUCCCAUAAUCAACUCUUCUUCCUCAACUUUGCUCAGAUAUGGUGUGGAACACACCGACCAGAACAAGCUGUUAAUUCCAUCAAAGUAGAUGUACACAGUCCAGGGAAAUUCAGGGUACUAGGUUCCCUUCAAAAUUUCCCAGAAUUUGCCAAAGCAUUCAGCUGCAACAAGAGCAACAUGGUCCCUAGCAACAUCUGCCGUGUGUGGUGAUCCACAGACUUGUGGGAUGCCAAUGUGGGUCGUCCCUGUCCCCUACAGUACCUCUCCCCUCUGACUGUUGGAGCACUCGUGGGGGGCUACAGGGAAGUGGAAGCUCCCCUUAGCUCUUUACUGGAUGGACCAGGGCUGGUGGACUGACACUGCAGUAUGCUUUCCUCCGAGAACAGCAGUGGACUGUACCAUUACGGACAGACGGAGCACCGUCUCUCCGACUCUGAUACUGUAGUUCAAUCAAUCAGCCUGAUUAUUCUGCUUCUCACUGGAUACAAUCACUCCUUCUGGUUUUUUUUCUCUCUCAAUUUUCAUCUUGUUUUACUCAUUAUUUGUGAGUCUGCCUAUGUGUAUAUGUGAGUGUGUGUGAGUGUGUUUCAGUCAAAAUACUGUACAAAUUGUUGGCAAGAGAGGGGCAGACAGAUAAAUGUGCUUAAACCCACUGGCAUAUGAAUACUCCACACACCCACUCACACUCAUACACAUGUAACAGGGCUGAACCACUGUACUGUAUGUGGGACUGAACUGUAUGCCUCUCAUAAAACCUCAGCUGGUUUCAGCCUUCAUCUACAUGCUGAUACACUCUACAAUGUAUUCGAAAAUGUACUCUUUGUUAAUACAUAUUACUAGAUUAGGUAAAUUAUUACAGAAAAUCAGAAUUUAUUUUGUUGACUAGACCAGUAUGUAUUUAACCGUGAUCACAUAUUACACAAUACUGUUCUAUAUUUAAUGUUAAUGACUCAACUGCAGUUGACAGGCGGCUGCUGAUCAUUAGCAGUAUGUCAAAUAAACCAAAAUGAAGUUUUUGCCUUUAAGAUGACAACUGGUCAUGAAUCAUUGAACUGACAAUCGACAGACGCCAGACCCUUUUUAUACGUUCACUGAGUCUCCUGUGUGUUUCUGUGAGGAUGUAUGUCUCUUAAGUGUAUUCCAAUCAUUGUAAGUCAUUAUGAUCACUGCCUACUGUUUGUCAAGCAAAUCAGUAUGCCUUACAUGAUCUGUUGUGCUCUGUGUGUGAGAGUGUGUAUGUGUAUGCACAAGAGAACAAAUAAUAUUAAAAUUUAACAUUAGGAAAUAGUUCGACAUUUUGGGAAAUGCACUUUCUUGUUGAGAGUUAGAUGAGAAGUUUAACACCACUCUCACGUCUGUAUGGAAAAUAUGAAGCCAUAGCCAAGAGACGUUA